UUUCCAGAGUUCUCCCAAAACCAGUCCGACGGGCACUGGCAGAUAGACGUUCUUUUAGUUAUCUGGGAUACCUUUUUUAACUGAUAGCCAGAUGUCUUACAUUCAUUGGAUUUAAUUUUACGAAAAACGUAAUUAAUCCCCCUGUAGCUGUGCGGGGAUGCAGAACUCCCCCCACCUCCUGACUGUCAGUGCCUGUGCCUGGGUCAGCAGUCUUUGUCACCGAAGUCUUCCAGUGAGAGACUUUAGCCCAAUGGGAGAGAUUGUUCCAAGCGAUUCCCUGGAGGUGCCUAGCGAGGCCGCCAUGUCGGUGAACGUGCACGAGAACAGGAAGUCCCGCUCCAGCACGGGCUCCAUGAACAUCUCGCUGUUCCACAAGCCGUCGCACCCAGACAGCGUGCUGACCCACCUCAACACGCUGAGGAAACAGUGCAUGUUCACAGACGUGACGCUGUGGGCUGGGGACCGCUCGUUUCCCUGCCACAGGGCCGUCCUGGCCGCUUGCAGCCGCUACUUUGAGGCCAUGUUCAGUGGUGGAUUGCGAGAGAGUCUGGACAGUGACGUCAACUUCCGGAACAGCGUACAUCCAGAGGUGCUGGAGCUUCUGCUGGACUUUGCGUAUUCCUCGAGGAUCAUCAUCAACGAGGAGAACGCAGAGUCCCUGCUGGAGGCCGGGGACAUGCUGCAGUUCCACGACAUCCGCGACGCAGCCGCAGAGUUCCUGGAGAAGAACCUGCACUCGUCCAACUGCCUGGGCAUGAUGCUGCUGUCGGACGCACACCAGUGCAAGAGGCUGUACGAGCUGUCGUGGCGGAUGUGUCUGGUGCACUACGAAACGGUCCUGGAAUCCGAGGAAUUCUACAGCCUGUCUAAAGAAAAACUACUGGAGCUGAUCCUAAGCGAUGAACUCGAGAUUGAAGACGAAGAGGUGGUGUUUAACUCAGCGUUGCGGUGGGUGCGCUUUGACCUGGAAGGCCGACGGCACCACCUGCCUGAGCUGCUAAGGGGCGUCCGGCUGGCCCUGCUGCCCUCUGAGUGCCUGCUGGAGGCCGUGGCCUGUGAGGAGCUGGUCAUGGCGGACAAGAGGAGCAGGUUGAUAGUGGAGGAGGCAAUGCAGUGCAAGAAGAGGAUCCUGCAGAACGAUGGCAUGGUGACCAGCCCGUGUGCCAGACCACGCAAGGCGGGACACACGCUGCUCAUAUUGGGGGGCCAGACCUUCAUGUGUGACAAGAUAUACCAGGUGGACCACAAAGCAAAGGAGAUCAUCCCCAAGGCCGACCUGCCCAGCCCCAGGAAGGAGUUCAGCGCCUGCGCCAUCGGCUGCAAGGUGUACGUCACGGGGGGGCGGGGCUCUGAGAACGGCGUGUCCAAAGACGUGUGGAUCUACGACACCGUCCACGAGGAGUGGUCCAAGGGGGCGCCCAUGCUCAUAGCCAGGUUCGGCCAUGGCUCCGCAGAGCUGGAAAACAGUUUAUAUGUUGUAGGAGGACACACGGCUAUAGCGGGGGUGUUCCCUGCCUCGCCCUCCGUCUCCCUAAAGCAGGUGGAGCGGUACGAUCCCCUCACCAACAAGUGGACCAUGAUGGCUCCCCUCAGGGACGGAGUCAGCAACGCAGCUGUGGUCAGCGCCAAGCUCAAACUGUUUGUGUUUGGAGGCACCACUAUCCACCGAGACAAGGCCUCUAAGGUCCAGUGCUACGACCCCGUUGGCAACCGCUGGAGCAUCGCGGCGGAAUGCCCGCAGCCGUGGCGCUACACAGCGGCGGCCGUGCUGGGCAGCCAGAUCUUCAUCAUGGGCGGCGACACGGAGUUCACCGCCGCCUCGGCCUACCGCUUCGACUGUGACACCAACCAGUGGUCGCGCGUGGGGGACAUGACCUCCAAGCGCAUGAGCUGCCACGCCGUGGCGUCGGGCAACAAGCUGUACGUGGUGGGCGGCUACUUCGGCACGCAGCGCUGCAAGACCCUGGACUGCUACGACCCCACGGGGGACAGCUGGAGCUCCAUCACCACCGUGCCUUACUCCCUCAUCCCCACCGCCUUCGUCAGCACCUGGAAGCACCUGCCCGCCUAACUGCUACCCCUGACCCACCUCUUCCAGUGGGGAAGGCGGGACAUGGAAGAGCUGACACCGGUGUUGCUGUGCUGUCCAUUCUCAAGGAGAGGACCCACCAUAGGGGCCUACACCGCUGGCUGGCAACGCCGUUACCUCCCCGCCGUCCCGCCCCGGGCUGCUGCACCAUCUACAAGCGUGUAAAAAAGAAGAUGGCUCACAGCAAAUCAUCACCUCAGAAAAUACGGACUCCACGUGGAGGGACCAAUCGCGGACAAGCCGGUCUCCAAAAGCUCAAACUAGAAGGAGAGGAGAUGUUCGCCGGCAUGCAAGGCUUCCUGAACGAUGUGAUAGUUUGUUAGAACUCAUAGUCUUUUAAAAAUCAACAGAGGAACUGCAACAAGAUGAACCCAACUGACAAACCAACUCAUGGUUGGUUGCACAACCACUGAUGGGGUAAUUUCUGUUAUUUAAUUCUCAUAGUUUCUUUGCUGGAUGUCUUCAGAAGUUUGUGUUUAGCAUUUGUGAUAAGAGUACACAAGCAUUCCUCAUUUGAAACCAAAAGCUAAGGCUCUUAAACACGGUAAAUGAUUCAAGAUGAUAUAUCUUGAUAUAUCUUAUCUUGUUGUACUAUGUUGGUUUCUGCCACAAUGUUGCCAACCAGUAGCAAUCAAACAGAAUUGAACAGUCUCAAGUACAUAGCAUGCUUUGCACGUCUUACUCUUCAUUCCCAUUGUUUUUCCAAACUAAGGGAUGGACAGGCAGAUAUUUCUGUAGCUAUGUCAUGAAUAGUUAAAAAGUCCAGUAUCUCGCUACAGUUACAUAAACUCCCUUCCCGGGCAUCUUGUUAUAGCAUAUGGUUUUAAAGCACUGCAGGAUCUCACUGAUGCAAGUGGCAUCGUUCUUGUGAAUCCUGGUCUGAAAAGGAUUCCCUCCUAUUCGGAUGAAGUACUUAAAGCUGUUUCAGUGUUCAGUUACUUACAGAUGUAUUGGUUCUUACAGAUGUAUUAGCUUAUCAUUUGGGGCCACUUUACUAAGUGAAUUUUUGGCAUCUGACACAGCCAACUUUUCCCCCUGUUGUCUUUCAGCCAUGCCUUAUGAAGUGCUCUAGAUCUACGGCUGGGCGGUAUUAACACUAGGACUUUUAAGACUUAACAAAAUAUUCAAAAGAUAUGUGCAAUUGUUUUUAAUUUGCAUUACAAACGUUGCCAUUGAAAAUAUGUUGUAAUUUCAGGUAUAUCAGAUCAAUAUUCAUACAUUUUUGGAUGAAAUGUAUUGUAAUUACAAGUACAAUGUUACGCAGUUUUGCAUCCAAACAGCGUUAUUCUGUGGACAGCCAUUAAUUGCAGGUAUAACGGUAUGUACAAUGAGCACGGCACAUGUUACUCAUGUUACACAUGAGUACUGACACUAUAUAAGUGCAAUUCAAUUUAAUAUAUUAUAAUAAUAAUAAUAAAUUCAAUUUAUAUAGCGCUUUUCUCGCACUCAAAGCGCUAUCAAACCUUGUUUUGUUGCUAGAUGGAAGUCUUAUGACAAAAUCAAGAGACUACAACACUACACAUUAUAAUGAAUUAUGAUUAAGAACAUGCUACUGAAAGAUAAUGGAAUUAUCGCUCAGCCCUAUGUAGCAGUCAGUCAAAAUUCUAGCUUCUGUCAUUGCUACUAUUUUGGUUUAUGUAUACUAUAAAAUAACUAAACAUCUGUUGGCUCAUGUGUAUUCUAGUUCAGCUUGUCCAAACCCAUGCUAACAGGGCAAGGAUAUUCAGUUCAAACCAAACAUUGUUUGAAUAUUAAGCCUUUUUCUGCCAUUCUACUGCAAAUGGGCUGAUCCACAAUCUUGAUGAGUCUUGAAAAGGAAUAACAUGGCAAUGACAACCAACCAAUGAAACUAAGGAAUGAAUGUGCUCUUUGUUUCUUUAAGAAAAAAAAUCAUACCAUUUUUGGAUAUUUUAAUGGCUCAUUAAGGGCAUAUUCCAGUCAAGUCGGAGAAACAAGGUUUUCACACAUUGCAGAUUUGGAUACUUGAUGCAGUAUCACCCAUGUAGUGAUGUGCAAUUUCUGUCUGACAAAAAUGACACUUAAAUGAGGGGGAGAAAAGCAUCCACUAUCAUUACCCAUGGAUUUUCUUCAACUCUGACAGUUACAUGUCAGAAAGCAAUGGCACACAACUUUUGUAUGAAUUGGAAAAUGAAGGGAGAAGAGGAGAUCGUUUUUUCUGCAUUUUUGAACAAACUUUUUACUGGACAAUGAGGAUUUUUUAAAUUAAAUCUGAUUAUGGUGGGAGUUGAAUAUGUGAAGGACUUCUUUUUGCAAGAGAUGAGAUUUGGAUGUUUUUACUGAUGGAAUAAAUAAAUAAAAUGAUCACACAAAUCUUU